AUGCCUUCUGAGGAACCUGAGAAAGGAGACCAAGUCUCCUGGAAUCGGAGCGGUGACCAACCAGAUGGUGUCGUCGCAGAGAAGAAGACCGACGGCGAAAUUGCCAUUAACUCCAAGCGCGGUAAUACCACCAAGGAAAACGCGGCGCCCGACAACCCUGCGGUCCACGUCGAGCGGUCCGGUAAUGAUGUGGCAAAGAAAGCCUCGGAGCCCAACGUUGAAGAGAAGGCCAACGGAUCGGCUGAUGCGGGCCACGGAGAGACCGAGAAUAAAAAUGGCGAGAAAAGAAACCACGAUGAUAUGGAGGGUGGAGACAAACAGGAAGAAGCUGAAGACAAGAAAGAUGGACCUCUAGAAGAGAACGAUGAGGGCAGAACGAUCAAGGCGAAAGACAGCAGCAACAAAAAGCAGAAGAAGGAACAAGAAAAGAAAGACGAGCCAAAGACGGAAAAGAAGAAACCCGGUCGGCCGAAGAAGACUGACGGAGCGCUACCCAAGUCCAAGAAAGAGCCCACUCCUCGGGCUACGGAGGGCAUUGGUUCUCGGACAAGGAGCCAGCAGAAGUCUUCGUAG